AUGAGUGGAACUGCGCCCAAUUUAUCUACAGGCGUUAGCACUUCUGACAAUGAAAGGCGGAGAAUUUCGAGCAAUGAUCCAGGAAAAGACGAGGUGGGCGUCCAAGACACAAUUACCUUUUUCACCACUGACAUCACAGCUCUCAAUACUUUGGGCGCUUCGAUUUGGACGUAUUUGGCUAGAGCCGCUGGGAAAUUGCAGGCUACGAUUCGUAUAGCUAGCUUUCUAUUUAUGGGGUACGGCUUUUUUCUCUCGCAAACUCUUUUGUUCACUUCGGAAGAAUGCGGCAUGACUUAUUCCUGGCGCCGUUUUCUUGAGCUGGAUAUAUCCUCCAUUCAUCCUGUAGGGCGUUCUCCAUAUCGACUGUACAAAUUCUAUGAUCAGCGCGACCCCCGACAUGAACGCUUUUUACAGCAAGAGAGCGUGACGACUUCAAGAAAGGCUUCCACGGACUGGUGCCUAAACGCCGCCUUCCCGACUGCUGUUGUGUAUAUUCCAGGUCACGGCGGAAGUUAUCAGCAAAGUCGAAGUUUGGGUGCGCAUGGAAUACAGCUCACGCGACAGCGGGAUGUGACGCAAAACUACGUUGUGCAAGCGUUACAAAAGGGAAUGUGGCAUGGAAACGCGACGCAGCUGGAAAACUUUGUUUAUGACGUGUAUGCUUUGGAUUUUGCUGAAGAAGGUGGUGGUAUGCAUGGAGAUUUUUUGGUGGAUCAGAGUCGGUUCGUGUCGAAAGCGAUUCAUUUUUUGAGCGAAGCAUGUGGCUUUUCCAGUAUCACAGUUGUCGCCCACUCCAUUGGUGGCAUUUCGAUCCGCUUAGCUUUAGUUCGUGAUGAAAAGCUGCGCCUUUUGGUUACAAAUGUUAUUCUACUAGGAUCACCUCAAGCACGCACCGUUCUAGCCUGGGAUCCCUCUUUGGAAAAAAUUCAGACAGAAAUUGUUGAAAAUCACGUAAAUGGUACUGCUUUUGUUGCCAUAUCAGGCGGCCUACGCGACGAAAUGAUUCCUCCCGCAGCUUGUGAACUCGUUCCUAAAGAUAAUAACACCUUGACACUUUUGGCUGUUGAUAUCAUGCCUAAGGAGGCGUCAAGCCCUUCGUUUGGAAUGGACCAUCGCGCAAUCGUGUGGUGCCACAAUGUUUUGGUACCACUGCGGAAAAUAAUUUUUGCUCUAGUCAGGUCGGAACGCGAUGGAGAGGCUGCACCAGCAAGAAUAGGAGCAGUACAAUCGCUGUUUGAUCGAAGUAAGACGCAAAACUAUAACACUGCACUUCAACGUAUGAUGACGACGUUUCGGAAAGUGCACGGACCAGUCGCCAGUUUAGCCAUGGUAACUGGUCUCCUUCACAAUGCCGAAUUGCUACUGGGUUUAUUUGCUUACAUCUCCCUGUGGAGCAAAGCUGGAUUUGCCUCUUGCUUCAAUUCUCAUUUUGGCGUUUUCAGCGGACGCAAUCCGAGCUACUUUGUUGUGGACAGCACAUCAGUCAUCAGCACUGAAGCCGACGACGUUCCAAAGCAACGGGAUAAGUUGGCGCUGGGCGUCAGCAUUGUUCAUGUCAUCUUUGGCGUCGUCCGUCUCUUACGUCCCAAUGAUUUUGCCAUUGAAAUGUCAAAUUCAAUCAAUAUUGCAUUGAUCGCCUCGAUCUAUCCACUGGCUCUCCGACGCAUCCAUAAGUUUGCACAGAAGGUUGGUAGCUCCCGCUUUUCUUUCAUUGACCUUGAUCUAUUGACGAUUGUAGUGGUCCCGUUUUUGGGCGCUGGAGAAUUUGCUUAUGUGCUGUCUAAAGGCUCUGUGCAAAGGUCAACACUACCGAUGCUAGCAGCGCCUUUCCUCAUUCGAUUGGUCUUAACCUCGAGCGACCCAAGCAUUCCACCGCAUUCGUCUCGAAAACGGUAUAUCUCAGAUGUCAUCCGCACACUUCAGGUAUGCAUUCUCUUGGUGGUUGGUCCUAGAGUUCUACAAACGGGAUCAGGCUUGGCGUAUAGUUUUAAUUUACCACUCGGCGGACUGGUGGGUAUGAUGAUGUGGACGGAUACGUUAUGGUCAUUAACGAUUAGCGGACUAGGUUAGUUAUUGUCAAUGCAAUUGUUUUUGCGUAGCACAUCCCUGGAUUGUAUCCGAAUAUGUUCCAUCCGUAUAGUAGUAACCGCAGAAUCAAUCACUUCAUGGGAACAUGGAAGCACUUGGGUCCACUUAUCGUACACCUAUGGCAUCAAAUCGUUUCCAAAAGCACCGAGGUCUUGGUUAAAAUCUUUGUCGUACUUUAUUACUGGUGUGCCGUCCUUCAUUGGCUGCUAUGCUCAGCUGUCGUUUAACUGCCCUCUCAUCCAAAUGGUCUGGAAUUUGUUCUGUAUAUUCCUGGGAAUGAACUGAUUCAGCAAGGUUGAAUGGGUAAAGGGAGCGCCGCUUCGAAAAAAUAGAUCCCUCGACACAGUACGGAAUAACCCCAUACUGGUUACUAUCGAUGAAUCCUACCCAUCCCAGACUGGCAAAAGAAACGUCCAUUACAUAUCUUCCGGAUGCAGAAACAAAUUCCUUAUAACCCGCCACGAAUCUCCCAUCCGGGGCAGUCUCAGUCAAAAAUGGUAGUAAGGGAAGCGAAUAUUCAUCGGCCAGCCCCCUCACUUCGUUUCUAGUUGCUUCAAAAAUUCGUUCUUUUACUCUUGCAAUGUGAAAUGAUGGGAUGGUGGCUCGAUCCGGAGCUCUUGAUGUUGGAACAACCCGAAGUCUCAGAGAUGGAUGUAAAAAAGCCUGUGCAUUUAUAUGAUGCUUCGCCUGCACUACAUCUAUACGGCCCAAAACGCAGGUCUCCUCGUCUUCGUCCCAUAUGCCUUUCGUGUUUUCUUCAUCCUUGCCCAUCCAGCUGGCUUCGAUUAAGAGGCUCUGUCCCUCCCGUAACGAUACUUUCAACCCAUUCCUUGAAGCCGGAAUAGGAAUUGCUUCUGGGCGAGUGAGUGGUUCCAUCAAGUGUGCAGGGAAAAUUUUGUAUUGAAGCGCACGUGGACUAAUAACACCGGGUGUGUCCCACAAAGCGUGAGAGUCCGAAGGAAAACAUGGCACGCGAACUGCUUGCAGCGUGGUACCGGGUAGAUUCGAUCCGGUGACUUUCAAAUUCUUGAUCGUGGCUCUCCGUUUUACAGCGAAUCGAUUUUGUCCCUUUAAAUACACCGAUUCAGCAAUUAAAGGUGACAAUGUUUUCACCAAACUUGAUUUUCCGACGUUGGCAGUGCCGAUGACGAACACAUCUCUACCUCCUAGCUGCAGGAGUAUGCUUUCAGCCAACCGCACCAAUCCGACGCCAUUUGUAGCACUAACAUCGAAGACGGAUGUAAAUCGGACGCCGGACAUUGCCUCAAUUCUCCGAGUUAUAUUCAUCACAUCACUUUCGCUGCAACGAGGCAACAGAUCAAUUUUGUUUAUCACCAAUAUCACCGGAAUGCUUCCAAUAGUUCUACGCAGAUGCUUAACGACAGUGUGUUCCGGAUCAGUGGCAUCCACCACCAUUAUACACAUUCCAAACUUGCGUCGGGCUACAAUGAAGCGUAGCUGCUCGCUAAAGACUUUGGGUUCAAUAUCGCGCAAGGCAUCGUAGGCUCCCCAAAUAUCAUUUCUUUGUAACGAUUGACAGCGACUACAGAGAAAACUAUCCAUUGGGCGUGUCGCAUAAUCUCCAACAUCCAUGUAACGAGUUUUCUUCUGUAUUCUUUUGCUUAAAGAUGACGUAUGCUCCAUGGUAUCUUCGCCACCGACAAGGCGAGUUCCUGUUAUGUUCGCUGAGUCUGUAUUGUUCGACCUUCUACCGGAUACCUUGGCUGAAACAACUUGUGUCCCGCAGCCAGAGCAAAGUUUCGGUACAGCAUUUGAUAUUCGUUUGCCAGCACUGUGCUGCUGGAGAACUACCCGGCCUUUCACUCCUCUUGGAGGCGAGCCGCCAGCUUUGUUCGGUUUGCGCGUGGCGAUUUUGCUCGAGGACGAAAUGGUUCCGGGAGCACCCGGGUGUUUCUUCCCUUUGGAGCUGCUCGGUUGUUUCUGUACCGGCGACUGCUGUUUCUUUUUACUGCUGCCCUUCUUUUUUGACUUUGGGCUUUUUGCAGCAACGGCAAAACGGCGAGAUACUGUUGCUGUGGGGGCUAGUUUGGACGAUAGGAACGUAUACGACCUUCCUAAUUCCGCUAGCAAAAAGGGACCAGCGGAAAGAUGUUGCUGGGCGGACCAAGAAAACGCUGCCGUUGCUGUUUGGUAAAGGUAUUGCUGAUUGUUGUAGCGAUCUAUCGUUGUUACGACACUGCUCGCUGGGAACACAGGAGUCGGCUGUUGUAAUUUCAUCGCGGUCAAGCCUUUUCGCGGAGAGGCGCCUAGUCGUAUCCCUGUUCUAAUCGAUCGCAACAUGCUUGCAUAACAGCUACCCUGGAAAAAGGUGAUGGGAGUGCAAGGAAAGGACGCUAGACUGUGUCACUUGAGCUUCUCUAGUUGUGCAUGAGGAGAGAAGCCAGAUCAACAAAAGAAACUUGUUUGGUAGUAAGGGUGAUUGAAGG